AGAGACAAAAAGUAGCCUAUGUCACUCUUCAUCCCUUCAACUAUCUCCACUUAAAUAUAAGUAUUUCUUAUUUUUAUAUUUUUCACUAAUGUUGGUACAGUGUCAUAUGUGCCAUGUAAUAUGUUUUGUUUUUGUCUGUGUCGUCCAUAACAUUGUGUUUUAUUUUUCGUUUUAGCUUCCCGGCCUAUCCUUCCAAAAAUAAAAUGAAAAUAUCACCGAACACUCGUUUAAAACAAAAAAAAAAGUCAAAAGUCCUCACUCCACGACAUUGGCAGAAUCCACCUGGCUUGAAAUAGCGAGGAGUAAAAGCCAUUCAUAAAAAAAAAGUAUUUCUAACAUAAAUUGUUUAACCGCAUUUAUUUAUAAGACUCGCAAACUCGUAAUUAAGACUAUCAGAAUUUAUGGGCUACUACUGAUACCGGUCUGCAUUACUGUUCUACAUUUUUAUGAUUAUUGCUUUUGUCCAGAUGGUUUUCCUUUUGUAUUUUCGAGAACAUUCCGAGUAUAUCUACUCCUGUUUUAUAACGAUAAAUGGGUGUAACACUAAAGAACGUGGUGAUAUGGAUACGCUGGCGCGUGUGAUGUUCCUCUUGCUCUGCCAUGUAACAUCGAUUGCCAAGCAAAUCGUAUUCAUGGUGCGUGCUUCUCGCAUCGCUAAACUCGUACAAGACUUCGAUGAUAUGGCAUAUAAUCCGGAAGAGACAACAAGAAAAAAUCUACUCAUAGAAAGAGCACAAGGGAUGUCGCGGCUUGGAGCAGCGUACGCAGGAACUGCAGCGCUUACCUGUGCUUUAUGGACUAUAUUUCCAUUCCUUGCGCGCAUGGGUGGCACGCGCGUUAUUUUUGCUCUAUGGGUACCCUUCGCCUAUUAUUCCUGGCCUGAGUUUCUUAUUGUUCUCAUGUAUACGCAUUACGUCACAUCUUUGGUUGGAAUUGCUAAUACGACUAUGGACGCUUUUAUUGCUGGCAUACUUGGACAGUGCAAGACGCAGCUAACCAUACUAAAAAUGGACUUUGAGUCUUUGGCAGAGAGGGCACAUGAACGUGCACUUGAAACUGGGGAACAAGUAGACGAGGCAGCUGCAGCUCUUUUCGUCCGCUGCAUUAAGCACCACCAUAAGAUUUGCGACACAUCGCGCGAAGUGCAAGCGAUCUUUGGCGGAGUAGUGUUGCUACAGUUUGGUAUUGGUGGUUGGAUUCUCUGUAUGGCGGCUUACAAAAUUGUCGGUCUUAGUAUAGCUUCUCUGGAAUUUGUAUCAAUGGUGAUGUUCCUAAUGUGCAUUCUCACCGAGCUCUUUCUUUACUGCUUUUAUGGCAACGAGGUUGCUGUAGAGAGUGCACAAGUGAGCGAUGCGAUAUACGGGAUGGAAUGGGUGGGGCCAGAUGGGGUUGGAAAAGAGGUCCGACAGGCCUUGCCGUUUGUCAUAUGUUGCAGCGCCGGCGCCGCUCGCCGCCCCCUUCGACCCGCUGCUUUGUUCAUCCCGCUUUCGCUUGAGACCUUCGUUACGAUCAUCAAGUCGUCCUACACAUUCUACGCGAUGCUGCGACAAACUCAACGUUGAAUAAAUAUGAAAAACCCGCCACCAGGAUCACUAACGUUAGUUUUUAGUCUACUUACAAUAGAAGAGGUACUGAAUAAAAGCAAUGUAU